AUGAUCAGUGCGCUUCAAUUCGUCACCUCCAUGCGUCUUUUCUCCAUUGGAUGGAGCCGGCUUCCACAAACUGGGCAGGGCCCAGCCGAGCGCACCCCAAUUACAGCACUGGGCGGCCACCGUGUCUGCGCUCUGCCCCACGGGAUUUUCCUUGCCUCGCACAUUCACUGGCGCUUUGUGGAUGGCUGGCCAAGGGUCGCCGCGCCCGCGAUGGCGUCCAAUUCUGAAGAAAAGGAAGUUACCAAAACUGCCCAAUCUGAGGAUAGUGACACCGACGACGCGGAAGAAGUGUUAGAAGAAUCUCCAGAUAAACGAUGGUCAAAACGUAGGGAACAGGUUAAACAACGGGAUGUACCAGGCAUUGACUCGGCCUAUCUGGCCAUGGACAACGAUACGGGAAACGAGGUGGUUUGGAACGAGGUACUUUUCUCGGAGCGGAAAAAUUUUCGGGAGCAAGAGGCAAAAAUCAACGCUACCUUUGACAACCUGACGCAACUAGCACACCCAAACCUCGUCAAAUUCCACACGUAUUGGACGGAUUCGAAGAGCGAGAAGCCGAGGAUUGUAUUCAUCACCGAAUUUAUGUCCUCCGGAGCGAUGGCACUAUUUCUGCAGCGGACACGAAAAUCUGGCUCCCCGCUCAGUAUUAAGGCCUGGAAGAAGUGGACAACACAGAUCUUAUCGGCUCUCAACUACCUGCAUACCUCAUCACCACCGAUUAUGCACGGAAAUUUGACCUGCCACACCAUCUUCAUCCAACAAAAUGGUCUCAUCAAGAUCGGAUGUGUUGCCCCCGAUGCCAUCCAUCUCCACGUGAAGACGUGUCGACAAGACCAUCUGCGAAACGUCCACUAUCUAGCGCCGGAAUUUGAGUCGUUGAAGGACAUGACGCCCGCCUCGGACAUCUACUCUUUUGGGAUUUGUGCCCUAGAGAUUGCUGCCGCUGGGGGGUUGAUUUCUUCGAAUGGGGCCACGGAUGGGAUGGUGUCGGAGGAGUGUAUACGAAAGGCCCUCAAUUCUUUGGAAGAUCCCCUCCAAAAGCAAUUCAUCGCCUGCUGUCUCGACCCCGACCCCAAGAAGCGACCAACCGCCCGGAAGUUGUUAUUUCACCCGGUCCUCUACGAGGUGCAUCCGCUGAAGCUGCUUGCUGCGCACGUGAUCGUCAACAACCGCAUGUACGAGGAUGCGAGCGUGGAAAUGUUCCGCGUACCGAACCCGCAAACCGUGGCCGCCUCGUGCAGCGACCGGGUAAUGUCCUACGUGCAACUGCCGCACUUCCAAUUCGACCUCGACAAGUUCCUGGAGGACGUGCGGAACGGCAUCUACCCCCUCACCGCCUAUCUGCCCGUCGACGACUCGUCGAAGUUGGCGUGUAAAGUGGUCCAAAGCAAGGAGCCGACCCCAGAACCUACCGAGAACCACAAGGAAAGUCGACACCAAGACGAACCCCCGCGGAUAAGCAAGCAGCCAGAGGUGAAAGGCUCGGAGUCGGCGUCAACGUCGAUGCCGGCGACAAGCCAAGAAAAGCACGACUCUGAGAAGCUGAGCGACUCGGACAAGGAGGCGUCUGACGAGGGCGAAGAUAACCCCGAGUGGACUCCGCAUGAGACGCGUUCGAUUGUGCAAAUGAAGGCGACACUCAUCGGCGUCGAGCUGUCAAUACUGUUAAAACUCGAGGACGGCAUGAAUCGACAUCUGAUCGGCGAUAUCGAGCCGGGCAUCACUGCCGACGUGCUCGUCGAAGAGUUGAUUAGUGGAGCGUUCAUCUCCGAGACGGACGAGGGCCGCGUGCGGCACAUGCUCGACUCUGUGCUCCAUCCACCGCCACCCGACGACUCGUCCUCCGUGCCCACCAUCCCCCUAGAAUCA